AUCGAGCAAGUGGCGCUCAAAUUCUGUCGUGAGGCUUUGUGAUAAAACAAACAUGUCUUCGGAAGAUUUGUCUACUGAGCAAAUGUCAGGCGACAAAACUGUACCUGACAACGACAACCAGGAAGAGCAGAGAGAAUCACCGACACCAAAGGGGGAGUUUGUUCAUCCAGCACCCCCAAAGAAGAUGUCAACAAGGGAGGAAAUGAUUCAGGAAGAGAAGAGAGAAGAGAAAAAGCUCAAGAGUAAAUACCCCAAUUUCAACUCCAAAGCUGGAGGAUCAGCUCUGCUGGCUAAGAGGAUGCAGCAAAGGAAAUAUUUUGAUUCUGGAGAUUAUAUGAUGGCACAAGCAAAAGUGAACAACCCAAAGAUCCCUUUGGCUCCCAAAGAAAAGAAGAUGAUAUUACAGGAAUCCAUCGGAGAUGCCAUCCCUACUCCAGAAAAUCUCCCUCCUCGAAAAGCCUCAUUAGCUACAAGUAAACUUGCAUCUGGACAGCUGGCUGGCCCACUGAUAUGAACACAAGCACUCUGAACUGAUCCUCUAUAAUCAGAUAUUAGAAAUACAUGGCAAUGCAUUUUACAUGAAAAUCUUAUCUGUGGGAGUGAGCUGUAUUCGGUGAUUUAUUGGUUACUGUUACUGACAGGAUGUUUAUGCUGAUCAACAUUAAUCACUUCCACCGUAAUGAGGAUCAUCGUCUCUCACCACAGAUUUGUUAACUUAGAUACAGGAUCUAACUGAUGUGACUACAUGCAGUCGUCAUUAACAGGAGUGUAAUCUGCGGUUUACAUACAGCUUGAAUUCAAAAUUAAACAGUGUUGCUCCAUUUAAUAUUGACACAGGUACAUACUGUGGUUGAUGGGGCACCAUAGUCAAUUUCAACAUGUCAGUAGUAUUUAAAUAUAUUGUCUACUUUUAGUCGUGAUUGACUAUUAUAGUCAACUAGUGCUGCACUCUAUAUAAUGAUUCAGUUUUAGGAGUAAUGAUUGAUUUACUUUGUCAUCUUUGACUAAGGCCCAUCUAUAUUGAUUGCAUGAUUGGAUGCUUCAGUCAAUAAUGAUAAAGUUUUAGGUAAGAGCAGUAAUUGACUCCUGUAGUCAACUUUGACUUCUUACUUUAUAUGCUUUGCACAUAACUUUAUAUAGAUGUUAGUUAAUUUCUGCUUGUCAAGCAAUUUUUUACCUCACCUAGUCUGAAAGAUCAUAGUACUGAAAAUGGGUUUUUUUUCAUCUGAGGUCUGUCAACAGCUUUUUGAAAACAAUAGUUGGUCAUUAAAUCUAAGCAGAUUUUAACAAAAAUUUGCAAGAAGUAUUCUUAGAUGAAUAGGAAGCAAUUUUGUAUGAAUGGUGGGUCUGAUAAAUGGUUUUGCUGACCAUCAAGGGGUAUAGGGAACUGGGCCAAUGGGAAAAUAGAUAUAAACAUUCACUGUUUUUUUCUGUAGUUUUGAUUAAGCAAUUUUCGCAUUGCCAGGUGAGUCCCAGUAGACCUCAUUUUUUCAUUUCUUGUUUUUUUUUUGUUUUAGUAAUUCGAUUCUUUUGAAUCUUUAUAUGUUAUGUAUAUGUAACUGUUACAAUACAUUUAACAACAUAUCAUUGUACAGUUCCAGAUGUAAUAUUGAUAGGAAUAUGUAUAAUUUGGUGUGUUUGUCUUAGAAAAGUCUUCACCUAACAAAACAUUAUAAAGCAAUCUAGAUUUUUUUGUAUGUUGAUUCAGGAAUGAGCAUUUAGUGCUAUAAAAUACAUAUAUGAAAGUUACUGACUUUUAUUGAAGUUAAAUGUGAACAUCAUAUGAUAGUGCAGAAUGUAAAAAUAAUACCUUUAUUAAGAUCAGGUCUUCUCUGAUUGAGGUCUAUUCCUUUUGUUUCUCAAUGAUUUAUUACAUUUUUUGAUAGGACAAGAGGAUCAGUGGUCAUCCUUAGUUUAUCACUCAAAUUAUGUGAACUGGCAAACAUGCAUUUCAUUAAAAUGACAUGAUGGCUGGCAAGUAUUGGGUAGAUAGUCGCAAAAUGCCAAAUGACGUCUACAUAACAUUAUGUGCAAUUAUGGGUAGACAUUCAGCCUGUUGUAGAUAAUGUGAUCAAGUGAGCAUUUGUUGUCGAAGAAUAUUAAAAAAAAUUCUCUGGAACACCGCAGUGCUAAUAGGAAAAUGAGAAUUAUCAUGAAAUAUGGGUAAAUGUCUUGACUUACUGAGUUUCUUUUACUCACAUUGCUUCAUAUUUUCAUAAAUACAUGAUAGCAUUCCCAAAUUGUGUGUGCAUUUGUACAGUUAUAAUGAAUAUUUCUAUCCAUCAAAUCUAGGUUUUAUAUGAAACUUAAGUGAAUUAUUAAUUUUGUUGCUUUCGUAUCCUAUAAGAGUAUGUUUUGUACUGUAACCUAAAUUCUUCAUAACUGUUUUAUCUUUUUCACAGCAAACUUGUUUUGUCUUUAUACUGAUUUCAUUAGUCCUGAGUGAUGAUCAUCUGUUCCAAUUGUUGUGAUUAAAGUCUCCAUGUUAUCAAGUGCUUCUGAAUAUCAUAGAUUGUCAUACAAAACUUGAGGUGGAUGGAGAUGAUUACUGAAGUUGAAGCUUGUCACGUUGAACAGUUUGCAGACAUUAUAACUUUUGUAUAGAGUGCCCUAUCCAAAAGUGCUUAGCCUGUAAUAUAUUUUCUUUUAGAACUCCCUAAGCUCUACAAAUGAAUAUUGAUUCAACUGUAAUUAAUUUAAGGUGAACACAACAAAAUUCACUAGGUGUUUUUUGUUUUUGUUUGUAUGUUUAGAAAGCAACACAAAGGUUGAUUUUACAGUCAUUUUAAAGCUUACAUGGCUCUGGAAAAAGGCAAUGAAGCCAUAAAAUUCAAACAUGCUGCAAAUCUCCAUCCAAAUGUUACUUUUACCAAACAAGAACUCCUUGUAAUCAAACAGACAAGGGAAUAAUUUGUCUGAAACUAAAUUUGACAAAUUUUAUGAAAUGCAUCAUAUACUACUGUGCACAUAGAUUCAGGGUAAACUACAUAUUAGGUAAAAAAGCAAUUUUAUAAUGCAAAAAUGUAAAUUAUCAAAAUCAGUGUUCUUUAUCAAUGUUUAAAUUCAUAGCGAUCAAAAUUUGCUUUGAUUGCAAAAAAGUAAAUAGCACACUGAAGAAAGUUGAUUUACAGUAAAGGUUUUUGAAUCAGUUUGAUUAUCCAGGUUGGUCAGAUGAAAUUUUAACAGUUCCCCAAGUCAAGUUUGAUGAUAAAUUUAACAUUUUUCUUGUGUGUGUUCUUUUUUCCAAAGAUGUGCAGAUACCAGGUAUAUAAAUAUGAGUGUUAUGGGAAUGAAAAAAAGACAGAUUUUUUCUGAAGCUAAAUAGAGCUUUUUCAUCAAAAUUUUUUUAUGUCAAAUCUAUGUACGUGCUUAUGUCAAUUUGGUGAUGAAGUUUGUUAGUUUUUGUACUUUUCUGUUAAUCUUAUCCUUGUUCUGUAAUAUGGGUUGUCUGCAUUCCUCAGAAGUACAAACUGAAUAUUCAUUGAAAAUAAUUGUUGCGUUGAAAUUUGAUAUUUUCCCUCUGAUUUUUUGUGUAACGUGGUGCUACAUCAGUAAGACAUUGGGGCUAUAUCAGAGUGAUGAAUAUGUCAUCAGGAAUUGACGCAAAGUUGAGAAAUCAGAAGAAACAUUUUUUUGUCAAGGGUAGUGUGAGUAAUGUAAAACUGGAUUUGACCUAAAAAAUGCACAUUAGUAAUUCUAUUUACAACAGUAUUCUUUAGUUGUGAUAUUUAGAUGUUAAAAGCGUAUGCAUUCACUCCUGUAUUGUAUUUUGACUAGAUUCAGGUAUUUAGUAAUAGAAUGUUAAUGGUAUCUGUUAAAUUUCAUGAAAACUUCUUUCUGCAAAAUUAACUCAAGAACAGGUUAUUUCAAUGGUUAGUAGUUGAAAGAGAUACUUUAUAUAGAAAUGUUGUAAAGAUAUUGAUAAAGCUAUGAUAAAAUCUACAACAAUGUCAGUGAGAAUUGUUUCCAACACCUUAGGAAUAUUGAUAAAGCCAGUAUAUAGUGGUUUGGUAGGCAUUCAUAUGAUGACUUCAACUUAUGUUUAUUUUAGGUGUGCUCAAGUCUCUUAUAAGUAGGGUUUUGUUUAGAUGAUAAUUAUCAUUUUAUGUGAACGUUAUAAAAAUUUACUAUGCUAGUAACAAAUGUGUUCUUUAAAGUGUAUGAAAAAACAUGUAUUUUUGUUGCAAAAACAUUUAUUCAUAACUACCCAAUGUCUUGGAGAAAUAGAUAAAAGAUAUUGUAGCCCUGAUGUGAUAUCUAUAAAUGAAUAAAUUAUUGUGGUGUUAUUUAAGUGAAAUGGUUUAUAUACAUCCAUUAUUGUUGGUUGAGUUUGUUGGACCCUUUCAGAAACAAGAUGCAUGUACAAAGUGAUAGGUAAACCAGUGACAGAUUUCAUGUCUAAUGUUGUGUUAAGAAUAGAAAAGCAUCUCAUUGUAAAGUCAAUUUGAAAAGUAAUUUUAGAAUUUUUCUAAAAGUUACCAUGUGCACAGUUCUGUUGUGGGACAGCCUGCCUUUAAUUUGGAUUUAGAAUCAAUGGGCAUUUUUCAAGCAACUUGAAAAACUGAAUUCUUUAAUUUAUUUGCACAAGGAUUAGUUUAAGUGUUGGAAGUUUUUCCUGAAUUUUGAUUAUUUUCAUAUAUUUUCAUAUAAUUCAGUCAUUGAUUUUGAGUUUUAAACAUUUUUCAAAAUGGAAAAAUGGAAGAAAGCAAAUGCUUUUGAGCUAUUGUGAUGAUAUCAUAUUAUAACAGAUGAUAGAAGAUCCGCUUUUAUUACAAGAUUUUUACAUUUAUAGCAACAAAAAGCUAGAAAUAUCAAGCUUAAAUCAAACAUGAAAUAUCGACAGAAACAUUAAAAAGCAUUAUUCAAAUUCUUAUAGUAAAAACCUAUUAUGUAGUAGUUGUUGCAUAACUGUAUUGUAACAAUUUUUUGUUACAAACAAGGGUGACUUUCCAAUGAAACAACUAUUUCCAAUACUACGUAGCGUCCACAGCAAAAAUCAUCAUGCAAUGCCACUAAAUCAUAUUGCUGUACAAACUGAAUAAUCAGGAAUUCUAAAGCUAACUUCAGGUAAAAAAAAUCAUCCAGAUGAUACUUUAUGUGAUAUUUUAUCUUGGCAUAUUUUUCGCAGAAGAAAUGUGAACUAUAAUGAAAAGUUUUUAAAAUUAGAAGAAUUUAUUCAUGAAUGGUAAUUUUUUUUCUUCCCAAAAACAUGUUCAAGAUAUUAUAUUUUCAAAUAGAUUAGAUUAAAUAAAAGGGAGAGAGCAUGCGAUUAACUAAUUAAUCAUUUGUACAUAUUCUAAACAUCAGCACAUUUUUGCCACUUGUAGUAUUUCGUAGUAUGUUGAUACAUACGUGUGUAAUGCACAUGAUAACUGGUCACACUGUGUAGUCAGUGUUUGAAUGGUUUGAGAGGGAACUCUGUUGUUUGUAAGAAAGCUGAGAGGAUAAAUGUACAGUACAUGUAUUUUGUUGGAUAUAGUUAUUUUGUUAUUGUAGAUGUGUUGAUAAAUACAUCUUGUCAUCCCU